AUGUCUCGCGAGAAACAGGACCUCGAGAUCCAGCACCUUGGCCUUUCUUCUUCAUCAGAACCGCUGAGAUCGCAAGGCGGCGCGAUUAACGCGCUCUUGGUCUUUGCAUGCGCUGUCUUUGGGGCAGCGUCGUUCCUGUUCGGAUAUGAUGAUAAGUUGAUCUCGCCCGUUGCGGCGUUGACGCCCUUUGUCGCCAAGUUCCAAGGUCUCAAUCCAGCCACCGGGAAGUAUGUGCUCACAGCGCGCAAUCAGAACCUGAUAUUCUCUGUGCCUCUGGUCGGCUCCAUCAUCGGCGCCGUGGUCGCUUCGCCGUUGAACUUUCACUUUGGCCGGAAAUGGCCAUUGGUCGCUGCCUACAUCAUCUCCGUGGGCGGUGCCUUGCUCCAAGUCCUUGCCCCUAAUCUAGGCGCCUUUGUAGGAGGACGCUCGAUUAGCGGGUUGGCCAUGGGAAUUGCAAAUGCUACGGCGCCCUUGUAUCUGUCAGAGGUCGUGCCCGCUUCUGUGCGAGGCCGCAGCGUCAGCUCAAUCAAUAUUCUCAACUUAACCGCCGGGGUUGUGGGAACGGUAAUCGUCUUCGGCACCGAGAAGCUCGAUAACCACCUUUCCUACCAGAUUCCACUUGCCAUCCAAUGCGUCAUCCCCGUCAUCCUCUUCGUACUCACCAUUCCUCUCCCCGAGAGUCCGCAAUGGCUCAUGUCAAAGGGGAACAUGAAGCGCGCACGACACAAUCUCCGCCGACUACGCGGGUUCAGCGACGGCCAGGUCGAAGCCGAGAUACGUCUCAUCGCGCUGUGCGAAGAGAGCGAACGCGAGCUGCAGACCGACGUCAAGUUCUGGCACAUCUUCCGCAGAGAACAUCUCAAAAGGACCCUCACGGCGGGCUCGUUUUAUUCUCUGAAUCAGAUCUCCGGCAUCAUCCUCUCAACUACCUACACGACCGUCUUCCUCACGGAGUUGGGAAUUGGUGAUGCUUUUUCGCUGACUAUCAUUGCAUCCUGCUGUACUCUGGCUGGCACCAUCGCCGCGCCAUUCGUGAUCGACCGCGCCGGCCGCAGACCGACGGCCUUCGCUGGAAUGAGUGUUUUGUUCGUCAUCGAUGCAUUGGCGGGUGGUCUCGCCUUUAACACAAACGACCCGCACUCCACCUUGGGCAUCGCCGCGUUGUCAUUCAUCUUCAAUUUCUUCUGGGCCUCGUCUUUCUUCUCCCUAUCCAAUCUGAUGCCCUCGGAGAUGGCCACCCCAAAGCUCCGCCACCAUACCAUGUCCUAUACCAUCGCCUGUGCGCAGACUACUGCCGUGAUCACCACACUCGCGGUUCCGCAGCUCACCUCCGCCGACGCGGCGAACCUCGGUGCAAAGACUUAUCUUGUCUUUGCGGGCUGCAUGGCUGCUAUUAUUGUCUUUGUAUUUUUCUUCAUGCCUGAAACUCGCGGCCGGACUUUUGCCGAGAUUGAUGAGAUGUACGCUGCGAAGAUACCCAUGUGGAAAUGGCGGAACUAUAAGACAUCGGUGGAGGCGAGGACUGGAGAGGCUAUUUCGGACGAGUCAGAGAAAUUCUAG